AUGUUCCGCAAUCCUCGAGAGAAUGCUUCCGUCCCAAUAGACGAGCGAGUCUUGCCCUAUAUCGGCCGGCCGCCAACUCCUCCCUCUCCAGGCCCGAAAGGCCAUCCUCUCUUCUCUUUGCCUGCCGACUACGCAAGAGAGGUCGCAGCCCGAGCCCCCGCUCCAAAGAAGCGAUCUUUCAUGCCUGGCCGCCAACCCACCUCGAAGACCCCGGUGGCAAAGAAGAACGGGCCUGGUCAGAACCAGAGCAUCCUCAACUUCUUUGCAAAGUCAGAUAAGAAUACUCUCAACGGCACCGAUACGACCGAACCGCCUCCGCUGUUCUUUAAGGACAUCCAGCCGGGUACUCAAGCGCGUGAGCUGAGUGACGAAGAGUCUCGGUUCCACGAAGACGGUGGGCCCGUCAAAAAGAGGCGUAUCGAUGAUGAACGGGACUUGGAGGACUUGGAGGACUUGGAAAGCUUCAUCCGCACACCCUCGCCUGGAGUUGAGCGUGAUGCUGGUAAGGCCAAGCAGGUACAAAUUCCUCCAAAUGGGAAUGUCGAGUUAGCCACGCCGCACAAGAAGUACCGAGCGGGAUUCCUAGACGACUCGAGCGAUGAGGAAGACGACGCCUGGACUGCAGCCAUCAAUAGCGCUGUCAAUCUCGCCGAUACUACGAAGAGAGUACGAGACACUAAGAAUCUGGAGACUUUAAGCACCAUUGACGUCGAUAUAGGAUCCAGAACGCCAACGGCGGCCUCGAAGCAGCCUGAAUUGGGUUAUGACUCAAGCAGAAUCAAUGCCGUCCUUCAAGAUAGCUAUGGAGAUGCGGAAAUCCCGGGAAAGGAUCCUCCGCCCUUGACGCGUGAAGCAACAAGUGUCUUCGACCCUGGAGAAUUUGAUGAUGGCGACUUUGAGAACGAUGAAUUCUUCGAAGGAGGAGAAGAAUACAUGGAGCGCAGGUGGAUGGAGGAGCAACGAGAGAUGGGGAUGGAAUUUGACGACGAGGACUCGAAGUCGGAAAGUGAGAGCGUCAGGACGCCACGAAGCAUGGCUGAAGAUGAUCAAGUCAACGCCGAGGAACCUGGUGGUAUUUCUGUCUGCCCGAUAUGUACCGGCAGCUUGAGAGGAUUUUCCGAGAACCGAGCGUCGGCCCAUGUCAAUGCCUGUCUUGACGGCAAUGCUGAACCACUAGCAAAUGAGUCUGAAUUGAAAAAAGAGAUCGAAACUCGCACGUCCAACGAUAUCGGUGAAGCGGUGUCUGUCUCAAAGCGCUUCCAGCGGGCAGCAAUUGCUCGCCCUGCUCAGUCCAAUCCUUUUGCUGUUUCGAAACAUGGGAAAGCAAGUUCAGCCUUUGCCAGGCUCAUGUCUGGGCAUGCUGAAGAUGCUGCCUGGGCUGAAGCUGCAGCUCAUGAGGCCCGAUCUCGCGGCAAGCCCGCAUAUCAACGAACCUGCCCCUUUUACAAGAUCAUGCCUGGCUUUUACAUCUGUGUCGACGCCUUCCGGUAUGGCAAGGUUGAAAACCAGAACGCCUACUUUCUCAGUCAUUUCCAUAGUGACCACUACAUUGGUCUCACAUCCUCAUGGAGCCACGGUCCGAUCUACGCCAGCAAAGUCACCUGCAAUCUAAUGAUCCAGCAGCUGAGAGUCGAUCCCAAAUGGGUGGUUCCACUCGAAUUUGAGAAAAGGGUCGAGGUGCCAAAUACCAAGGGAGUCUUCGUUACCAUGAUUCCUGCCAACCACUGCCCUGGAUCGUCACUCUACCUAUUCGAAAAGGUCACUGGUAAGAACAAGGACGGAUCUCCAAAGUCAACCCGUAUUCUCCAUUGUGGGGACUUUCGGGCAUGUCCUGCCCAUGUCGCUCAUCCUCUCCUACGUCCUGACGUUGUCGACAGCGUUACCGGCCUGACCAAGCAACAAAUCAUUGACACCUGCUACCUGGACACGACGUACCUAACUCCCAAAUACGCAUUUCCAAGUCAACAGGACGUCAUCGAUGCUUGUGCGCAGAUGUGUGUCAGUCUGUCGAAGGAGAUCGUGGACGAAAAUGACGGCUGGGAGAAAGUCAAGGCCACGCGCGCUGGCAGUACAAUGAAAAAAUUCCUCGAACAGGGUGAGGCGACGGUCAACAAACCAGACGACGAGGAGGCAGAGAAAAAACCGAAAUUGCGUGGCCGCCUUCUCGUCGUCAUUGGCACCUAUUCAAUUGGCAAGGAACGGAUCUGCUUAGGAAUCGCCAAAGCCUUGAACUCCAAGAUCUAUGCUCCUCCCUCGAAGAUGCGUAUCUGUCUGUGCCUCGAAGAUCCCGAACUCAAUGCCAGAUUAACGAAGAACCCGCUUGAAGCACAGGUUCACAUGCAAACAUUAAUGGAGAUCCGCGCCGAAACACUUCGCGAUUAUAUGAUGACCUACAAGGGCCAUUUCGCUCGCGUGGUCGGCUUUCGACCGACAGGCUGGUCCUACCGCCCCCCGACAUCACGCUUCACCGAGAACCCAGCGGUCAGCACCGUCCUACAUUCUGAAGGCUGGAAAACACGCUACACGAUGCGCGACCUAGCUCCCCAGCGGGGAAGCACACGAGAAUCGAAUUGUUUUGGAGUGCCCUACUCAGAACACAGUUCCUUUCGAGAGCUGACCAUGUUUUGUUGCGCCCUGAGGAUCAACCGGAUCAUCCCGACAGUUAAUGUGGGAAGCGCCAGGACCAGAGAGAAAAUGAAGGCGUGGGUUGAGAAGUGGGAGGCCGAGAAAAGAAAAAAUGGAUUGUUUACUGUCGAAGCUGGGGCGGAGGGCUGGGGAAGCGGAGAUGGCAAGUUGAGCUACGGAGUGUAA